AUUAGCUUUAUGACAAAUUCCGGGUUGCUAAUAGCGCUUGCCGGCUAAUCGUUGGGAUAAAUUUUUCCGACCACCAGAUUCUCAGCCCAAAGUUGUUAUUUUUUUUCGUUAUUAUUAACUCUUAACUUGGUUCAAACGGCUUUGUCUCGUGGCUUCUUUUCACUACUGCAUGAAUCUCUCGUAAUGCCAAAUCAAAUUGCCGAGGUUCUCCUACCAGUAGUGGGCAUGACGUGCCAAUCUUGCGUCAAUUCUAUUCAAAGUGCCUUGAAACAGAAUCCUCAUAUCCACGCGAUUCAAGUCAACUUACAAAAUGCAACUGCUCACAUCGAAUUCGACCUUUCCAAGGUAACAGUAGACGAGCUCGCCGAAGCUAUCGAAGAUUGUGGCUUCGAUGUUCCUGAGAAACCCUCCAACAUCACAUUACGAACGGCCGUACAUGGAAUGACUUGCCAAUCUUGUGUCAAGUCCAUAAAAUCAGCCCUUGGGCCAAAGGAAGGCAUCCAUAGCGUCGAUGUCAGCCUCGAGAAAGAAGAAGCUACAAUCGCUUAUAAUCCCAAGGUCGUCAGUCAGGAUGCUAUUAUUGAAUAUAUAGAGGAUUGUGGCUUCGAUGUUCCCAAGAAUGCUUCUGCAGGUCUCACUACCACCACCUUACCUGUAGAAGGCAUGACAUGCCACUCCUGUGUUCGUUCAAUCGAAAAUGCUCUCUCCAACAAGAACGGUAUCAGCACUGUUAAUGUCAGUCUAGAGGAGAACAAUGCCACCAUCGCUUAUGACCAGUCAUUAGUCAGCCAAAGCGAUAUCAUUGAAGCCAUUGAGGACUGUGGCUUUGACGUUCCUUUGCAGCCAUCGAAGCAAAGCCCUUUCCAGCCACAAAAAGUUGAAGAAGAGAUAACUGGAAAUGACAUAGCCAUGAAUGUUAUCACGGCUUCAAGAAAAUUCUCAAAGGACAAUUCAGUAACAGGAAGCGUUGCCACCUUUGAGGUCAGGGGCAUGACUUGUGCUUCAUGUGUCAACAGCAUUGAAAAAGCAGUGAGUACCAAUGCGGGAGUUCAGUCUAUCAAAGUAUCGUUGCUUGCAGAACGUGCAACCGUGGAAUACGACCCAUUCGUCAUCGACCCAGAAAAAAUCGCCGAUGCUAUACGGGAUUCAGGAUUUGAAGCGGAUGUCAUUGAGCAAAAGCAAGAUGAUACAGUCGACCUCAAAGUUUUUGGAAUGACCUGUGCUAGCUGUGUGAACAGCAUCGAAAGAGGCCUGCGCAAUACACCAGGAGUCAUUUCAGCAUCGGUCAACCUUAUGACUGAAACCGCCAAAGUUCAAUUUGAUCAACAUGUCACUGGUGUGCGAGCUAUUGUUGAGGCCAUUGAAGAUCUCGGUUUCAAUGCUUUAGUAUCGGAUAAGACCGCCAACGCACAGAUUGAAAGUCUGGGAAAGAUUCGAGAAAUCAAGGAAUGGCGCCGUGCAUUUUUUUACUCUGUGAUCUUUGCCGUCCCGGUAUUUAUUAUCGCUAUGAUUCUUCCUGAAUUCCAAUUUGGUCGCUCGCUGUUGGAUAUCCGGUUACUUCCUGGAUUAUAUCUUUUCGAUGUCAUUCAGUUGAUUCUUACUAUACCUGUCCAAUUUGGUAUUGGUAAACGCUUCUUUGUGUCUGCUUACAAAUCUCUUCGACAUGGUACUCCCACCAUGGAUGUCCUGGUCUCCUUGUCAACCGCUUCCGCUUUCUUUUUUUCAACCGUUUCUUUGCUACGUGCAUUGUUUUCGGGCUCUGAAAACCAUCCUUCGGUUUUCUAUGACACCUCCACCAUGCUGAUUACUUUCAUUGUUCUUGGCCGAUAUCUGGAGAACAUGGCGAAAGGUCAAAGUUCAGCAGCGUUAUCGAAACUCAUGUCACUCACCCCCUCCACUGCCUUGUUGUUGAUUACGGAUGAAGCUGGGCAAGUCACUGGUGAAAAACGCAUUCCCACUGAACUUAUUCAAUUGGGAGACUUGGUCAAGAUUGUACCCGGUGACAAAAUUCCUUCGGAUGGUUUGGUCUUCUCAGGACAUUCUAGCGUGGACGAAAGCAUGGUCACUGGUGAAGUCGAUGCCGUUAUGAAGAAGACGGGUGAUAUGGUCAUUGGCGGUACUGUCAAUGGUUUAGGAACGUUUACACUCAAGGCUACACGCGUUGGCUCUGACACUGCACUCUCGCAAAUUGUUAAACUGGUCGAAGAUGCUCAAAUUACAAAGGCUCCCAUUCAAGGCUUCGCCGACGUUGUUGCUGGCUAUUUUGUGCCUACUGUCAUUGCGCUUGGAGCAACCACUCUCAUUGUGUGGGCGGUCAUUGUCAAUAUUUUUGGUGUUGAUCAUGUCCCUACCAUGCUGCGUGAAGAGAUCCAAAAAGAGGGCAACGGAAACUGGUUCUUUGUCUGCAUCAAGCUGUGUAUCAGCGUCAUUGUUGUGGCUUGCCCCUGUGCCCUUGGACUGGCUACUCCUACUGCUGUCAUGGUUGGUACUGGUGUUGGAGCCGAACAUGGUGUCUUAAUCAAGGGUGGUGCUGUCUUGGAAAACGGCCAAAGAGUACAAAAGAUUGUGUUUGACAAGACUGGUACUUUGACGGUUGGUAAACUGGAUGUAUCUUCAUAUGUUACCUGCAAAGACUCUCCUGUGAACGCUACGAGUAUGCUGGUCUACACUGCUGUGGCUGAAAGUCAAAGCGAGCACCCUCUUGCUAGGGCUAUUGCCAACAAGGGUAAAGAAAUUCUUGGUAUUCAAGUCUUUGACACUAUUUCUCAAGUCGACGGCUUUACAUCAAGUACUGGGCAAGGAAUCAUAUGUAACGUUAAAUUGGAUCCAUCUUCUUUGAAUCGACUCAACUAUCUCGGAGAAACCUUGUCCACCACGUCGGCUAAUGUUAUUGUUGGUAAACGGUCGUGGCUUCAAGAGAACGCUGUUCAAGUCGCUGAUGAUCAUCUCGCGGACAUGCAAGUGUUGGAGUCCAAGGGUGAAACUUGCAUCCUUGUCGCCAUCGAUUAUCGACUUGCUGGGUACAUUUCUCUAUCUGACCGUGUUAAACCCGAAGCAAGUAGCGUAGUGGCCACCUUGGCUGCCAUGGGUAUUCAAGCUGCAAUGGUUACUGGCGAUAAUGAACUGACCGCACGCUCCAUCGCCAAACAAGUUGGUAUAAGAGAAGUCCAUGCUGGAGUAUCUCCCAAUGGUAAAACGCUCAUUGUGCAAAGGAUGCAAGGUGUGGCUAUCACAAAGAACAUAUCAUUCCUUCGACGUACUCGGAAUACAUUGACUGGCAAGAAAGAUACACAGCAAAAGAAAACUAUUGUUGCCAUGGUUGGAGACGGUAUCAAUGACUCACCGGCGCUGGUUGCAGCAGAUUUUGGUAUCGCUUUGUGUAGUGGCACGGAUAUUGCAAUGGAAGCAGCAGAUGUUGUUUUGAUGCGCAACGAUCUUACUGACGUUGUUGGCGCACUACAUCUCUCAAGAACCAUCUUCCGUCGCAUCCGUAUCAAUCUCUUAUGGGCUUGCAUCUACAAUAUAGUUGGUAUUCCCUUGGCUAUGGGCAUUUUCCUUCCCUGGGGCUUCCAUCUUCACCCAAUGAUGGCUGGUUUCGCUAUGGCAGCCAGCUCUGUAAGUGUUGUGAUGAGCAGUCUUAUGCUGAAGUGGUGGAAGAAACCUGCAAUGCUUCAAGUGGAUCAAUCGGGCGUGGUACUCGACAUGCCAAACGAUGUGGAUGGAACGAAGCCGGUGCGAACGCCUGAUCAUCUUCUUGAUCGUAUCAAAUCAUUCUUCAAGCGAACUCAAGGCUACGAAGCACUUCCGUCUCAUACGACAGAGAAUUCUUUGGCUGAAAUUGCCUUUGAGAUCGGUUCAGAUGAUGAGGACAGUGAUACCGUCCAGUUAAUCGCUCCUCCCAGUCGCUAACCACUCCAUCACCUUUGCCUAAUCGUAAUCUCAUGUUGCCUCCAUAUUUUAGACUUACUGAAAAAUUUCACCCACCCGUUUUUUUCCUUGUUUUCUUUUCACCACUAUAUCCUUUCCCUACUCAUGUGCAUAUCUAUACAAUCUAUAACACAGCUUUUACCCCCACUCCAUGACCACUUAAUUAACCAUUGUAACGAAAAAAAUAAAGCAUGGUCACUCAAUAUGGUAAAAAUACAGAACAAUCAAAUGUGCCAAAUGGUGUUCAAUAGUAGUACCGAUGACAGGCAAUGAAUGCAUCA